AUUCGAUGUUAGAGCCGCUUCCAGCUGCCCCACGCCUCCACCCUAAUUAUCGUCUUUACUCACAUACUUUACAGCAAUCCAUUGGAUUUAAUUUCUUCGUGCUACUUGGUCAUAUUCUUCUGUCACAAGAAUUCCAAUUCUCGACUGGAAAUCUUCUAGAACAAUUGAUAUUCCGGAGACAAAUUUGGGCCCUUGAAAUACAUAGCUGAUCAAACCCCUAACAUGACCUUUUCUGGGGAGCACGACCUGUUCCAACAGAAUCUCGAGCGAUUUGACUUCAACAUACAGUUUGAACAGCUGUUUUUCUCCAUUAUACCGUCCGUCUUGUUCAUCGUAACAUCAUUAUGUCGGACACUCUCAAGACUCAAGAAGCCCACUGUGGUAAAUGCCCCAACGUUCCGGUUCAUCAAAUUGGUAAGUUCACUCUCUGCCUAUUAGCAGUACAGGGUAUCGUCGACAUGCUAAAUGCCAUCUUGUAGUGUGCCAUAACAAUAUAUAUCGUUCUUGAGCUCUCGCUCCUGGUCUUAGCUACCACUGGGCCUUUUCAGAGCAAGAGCAUGUUUGUAACUGCCUCAGCUCUCAAGCUUACGGUAGCCUUCUUCAUGGUUACUUUAAGUUUCAUGGAUCACAAUCGAAGCUCAAGACCUUCGGUGAUACUGAGCAGCUAUCUGUUCCUGACACUUCUCCUGGAGGUAGUGUAGGCAAGGACAUUGUUUCUAUCAUCGGACGACAGACCUCAGCACACCUUCGCAACUGUCUUCACUGCUGCCGUGGCAUUGAAGGUUGUGAUAUUGCUACUGGAAGCUCAGCAAAAGUCCAGAUGGGUAAGCUGGGACAAGAAAGAGCACAGCCCAGAGGAGACGAGCGGCAUUUUCUCCCUCGGCGUCUACUUCUGGCUUAACAAAAUGUUUCUUGUGGGCUACAGGCAAAUCAUGACGGUUGAGGAUCUCUACCCACUUGAUAACUCUUUCGACGCCAUAUCGCUCCACGACAGAUUUUCCGCAAACAUGGAUUAUUCCGAAUUGAAAGGUGACAACUUUGGUCUUGUGAAGGUGCUGACACGCACCCUAAAAGUCUCUCUUUUGGUUCCCAUACCUUUUCGGUUGGCACUCAUUGGAUUCACAUUUUGUCAGCCCUUUUUCAUCGAAAGGCUGCUGAAUUACUUGGCCGACCCCAACCGUGAUACCAAUGUCGGAUAUGGCUUCAUAGGCGCCAGCAUCUUGAUCUACUCAGGAAUUGCUCUUUCCAGAGCCUUUAUUGGUACAACACAAUCUGCAAAAGUGUUGUUACAAACAAAAACCAAUACUGAUGCGAGAUCACAGGUACCUCCACCACCGAACGCGUACUAUGGCAAGAUCCAUCCUAGUUACCGAGACGUACAUUAAGGCCACAAAAGCUUCUUGUAUCGGGACUGGAGAUGAUAGCGCUGCGUUGACUCUGAUGAGCACCGACAUGGAGCGGAUCUGAAUGGGCUUUAGGACCCUUCAUGAAGUCUGUGCAGCUUUAAUCCAGGUAGCUCUUGCUGCAUGGAUGCUGCACAUUCGCUUAGGUGUGGUUUUCGUCGCCCCGAUUGUUCUCGUCAUAGUUUGCUUUACUGGUCUAGCAAUCCUUACCAACUUCACUGGUGAUUCUCAGAGGGCUUGGAUGACGGGAGUCCAAGAACGUGUCGGGCUGACCGCUUCAGUCAUCGCCGGGAUGAAGAAUCUGAAGAUAUCGGGUCUGGCUACUGCCGUCAGUGACUACGUUCAAUCGCUUCGGGUCAAGGGAUUGGCAGCUGGAGCUCGAAUUCGCAAGAUUUUUAUUAUUGCGGCCCUGCUUGGUUACAUUCCACUGUUGAUAGGUCCGCCAAUAACCUUCGCCUUUAGUCAGCGAUCUUUCGAUGUUGCAAAAGUGUUUACAAUUCUGUCUUUUUUGACGCUUCUUACUAAACCAUUGUGCCAAAUCUUUCAAUCUACUCCUGAAAUCAUCUCAGGACUAGCCUGCCUGGGCCGAAUCCAGGCUUUCUUAGAGUCCGGAGAUCGCCACAACUUUCGCCAGGUAAAUGGGGAUAGGAGGCCGAAUUUGGAGAAGGAAGCAGUUGCUUCUCCACUCCUUGUAAAGAACCUGUCAUAUGCUUUUAUGAUUGAGAAUGGAUGCUUCGGUUGGGAAGCAGGCAAGUUCGUUCUUCAGAGAAUAAACACUCGAAUAUCCAAGGCUUCGCUCACUAUGGUCGUGGGGUCAAUUGGCUCGGGAAGUCUACCUUAUGUAAAGCAUUACUUGGAGAGAUUCCUUUCCAUGAAGGGCACAUGGACCAAAGCAGCAGUUUUCCCCACAUCGGUUUCUGUGAUCAAUCUGCGUUUCUGUCAAACGGUUCGAUCAGGGACAAUAUUGUAGGAUUCUGCCCUUUUAACGAAGAGAAGUAUGCCGAAGUCAUCAAGGCCACGGCACUUGAGUUCGACCUUUCCGUGCUUCCAGCAGGUGAUGAAACCAAUGUGGGAUCUGACGGUAUUUCUUUAUCUGGUGGCCAAAAACAACGUGUCUCUCUUGCACGAGCUCUAUAUCUGCAGGCAGAUGUGCUUGUGUUAGAUGAUGUGUUUAGUGGCUUGGAUGCGGAUACCGAGAAGCAAGUCUUUCGUCAGGUGUAUGCACCGGGUGGAUUGCUGAGACGGCGAGGCUCUACAGUUCUGCUAUGUACUCAUAGCAUUAGACACUUACCUUCAGCGGACUACAUAAUAACACUUGGGGAUGGCACAAUCGUUGAACAGGGCAGUUACGAUGAACUAAUUGCUAGUCAGGGGUACGUCCAGCGCCUGAGAUUGGGAGAAUCUGCCAAUAUCGAUGCUUCAUCUGAAGAGGCGGAUUUGAAGAGCGAAUCGUCAUCAUCGCGUCUCACCAUGACGGUAACCAAUAUUGCAUCUAUUGUACCUCAUUCGGAUAUAUCGCGACAGGUUGGCGACAAAACGGUAUACAAGCACUACGUCAAGAGCAUGGGCUUGAUUCCUGCGAUGUGUUCCCUGUUUUUUGCUGCGCUUUGGGGAUUCCUCACUAAUUUUCCGACGAUUUAUGAGUAG